CCGAGAAGUCGAAGCAUGCACCUUACUUUUUGUCGCGCACAGCACUGGAAAUCAUGCUUGCAAAGUGCGAAAACGUCGAGAAUGCUGUGAAGUCUCUUCUAACGUGUUUUUGGGUCACUUUUAGCGUUUGUUCCGUCGGAGUUUACGGUCAGGAGGGUAAUGGCUGCGGACAUACGCUGCUGGGGGGAGAGUCUGGCACCCUAGCGUCUCAGAACUAUCCCGGCACCUAUCCCAGUAACGGCUGGUGUGAGUGGAGGCUCCUUGUGCCAGAGGGACGGACACUUCGGCUGCUGUUUGGAGACUUCGACAUCGAGAGCAGUCCAGGCUGCAGCAAUGGUUCUGUGGUUAUCACAGGCAAGAACGGAGAGCCCUGGAUGGGUCCAAUAUGUGGGAAGCUUGAUGCAGCCCAGAAAAAUGUGACAUUUCAAAGCAAUGAAGUGAUGGUGGCUUUCAGGGCCGGUCCACAUCGAUCUGGACGAGGUUUUCUCCUCUCAUAUGCAACGGACCAGUAUUCUGAUCUUAUCUCAUGUUUACAAAGAGGUUCUCAUUUUACCUCACCCCAGCUGAGCAUGUACUGCCCUGCUGGAUGCAAGAAUGUCACCGGGGACAUCUGGGGAAACUCUGAAAAGGGUUACAGAGAUACAUCAGUCCUGUGCAAGUCUGCGGUCCACGCUGGAGCCACGUCUGACUCUAGGGGAGGUCGCAUCACUGUGAAUCGUGGGAGGAGUCUGACUCUCUACGAGUCCACGUUUGCCAAUGGGAUCCUCUCUAAGACGGGAUCAUUAUCCGAGAAGAAGCUGCUUUUCAGCAGAGAAUGCAACAACAUCCUGACUGUCUCGGCUCUAAAUGCCUCCUCUUUCUGGGAGAAAAACAGUCAAGAGGACAGAAUGUUCUCGUCCUCCAGAGACAUGGAGUCCGGCCACGACUUCCUACACUGGAUGGCAGACAGUAAUGACGCAAACCCGUGGGUGGAGAUGGAGCUGCUUGACAGAAGCACUAUCACAGGAAUAGUAACAAUAGGAUCAGAUGAGCACUUCCUUAAAUCUUACAGCCUUCAUUUCAGCAAGGACAAGAAGAUUUGGAAGCCUUACAGAAGGGCUCUGAGCAAAGAGCAAAAGGUGUUCGAGGCCUACACCAAUGGUCACCUGAAAGUGCUCAACAGCCUGUUUCCUGCUGCGGUGGCUCGAUUCAUUCGGCUGCACCCUCUGAGCUGGUACGGACGAGCCUCCACGCAGGUUCAGGUCAAGGGCUGCCCGGCCGCGAAGGCCACGCCGAGGUCGCGGCCGCCCGGAGAAUCUCCGUCCAUCGAAGUCAACGUGGACAUCCCUUACCCAAGCCCCUCCCCAAAGCCCACAGCGGGCUCAGUGCUGGUGGAGACAACCAGAAGCUCCAGUCAGCCGGUGUUGGUGGCAGUAGGGGUGGUCCUGGGACUGCUCAUGUGCGGGAGCUGUUUGCUGGCUGGAAUCUGGUGGAAGCGAAGGAAAAAGGAGUCACAGUUGAAGUACUCUGUCCCCACAGAUUGCCAGAGUUUUAAGGCGAAGAGUCUCCCCUGUCCACACUCAGAGCUCAUCUCUUACCCACGAGAGCGAAAUGUCCACGAUGCUCUGCCUAAUCCGCCUCUGAAUGAUUACGCAGCCCCUGAUCUUACAGCUGUCGGGCAUAAGGUGGGUUCAACUUUUCGACCUUCCUCUGAGGAUGACUACACCACCCCCUACCCCUGCGUUCAUUACGACACUCCUGGAAACCUUCCAGAGUACGCUGAGCCCCUCCCUCCAGAGCCCGAGUAUGCCACCCCCUUCAGCGAGCUGCCCUGCGAGCCCAUCCUGCCCGCUCUGACCGGGAUACUGCCCAGCAGCACACACGGGCUGCCACUUCCAGUGCUGCACUCAGCGGUCAGGACAACACCCAACCCCAGUCAAUAUGACUGCCCCUCACACAGGGUGCUGUCCAACGGCUACUGCACGCCGGCCAUGCACCCCAGUGGCCCACGGCCGCUCAGCGUGGUCUACGCAGAACCCAGGUCAAGUGACUCUUUACUACAGAGGCACACAUACGACAAGCCUUUGUGAAUGAAGUAAGCUCACGGAACAAAACACUACAGGGAACCAAAUCGUGUUGGGACCAGAGGAGCAUCUGGACUGACCUCAACAGGGCGCCAAGAUGCCGUGCACAGUGCUCCACUGCUGACCGGAGCUGUGCCCAGGGAUCAGGAACCACUUCGGACCAACACUCACGGAUUACAACAGGGUUCACCAGUCAGAGCACAGGGCGUGUGGACAAGUAUACUUCCUUCCAGGAUGUCUGUACAUAAUGAUUGCUUUUUGUGUUCUUGUUAUUCUUGCCAUGCACCAAGAAAAUAGAGGUUCAGUGGUGUCUGAGAGACGUUUUACUGAAAUGUUCAAAUCACAAGCUGCACUUUCCCAAGACAAACAAAACACUGAAAUAUAUGCAGAAAUCUAUUUAAAAUGUUAAUGCCUAACAGUGGAUUGAAUUUUACUUGUCUGCACCAAGCACUAUUAUUUACAAUGUAGAAUUCCAGGUUUUCACGAGAAUCACUGGAAAUGGUACACUGGAACAAAGUGCCUCAGUGGUAUGACUCCACAUCACCAGUAGGUGGCUCUGCUGGGCCUUAGGCCUCUACCAACAACGCCACAUGUUAGUCCACUAUCCCUCAUGUAACAUGUAUAGGAUUAUAUAUACGUAUACACACACACACACAUAUAUAUAUACAUCUAUAUGCAUGUGUGUGUUUGUGUUAAAUGAUACAUUUAUGGAAAUAAUUUUCAGAUUGUAAUAAAUAAUAGAGGCACAAACAUACAAAGUUGUGAAUUAAAUGUGAUAAAGGCAAAAGUUAAAUAUACCCAGCAGGUGUUUGUUAGUGACUGAACAGAAUCAGCAGAAUGCUGCUUCUGCUGAUGAACAAGGUACAACUGGACAGUUAUAUAAACAGAACACCAGCUGGUCUGGUGUGUGGGACUGCUUAGAGCUUAGUUAAAAACAGGUUUGUGCUGUAAAAGAGUGUAACCCACAAUGCUUGUCACUGAACCCUGUUUUGAAGUGGGAAUGCACCUUGUCGGGUUUCUGCACGGCAGCUGCACAGACUCUCUCAGAAGUCCAUUUUGAUGCUGUGACGCUUCCUUUCAGUCUCUCCAGAAGCUGAAAAAGAUGUGGCUUCAUUUAAAAUCGCCAGAAGUAAUUAAUUUGAAUGCGUACAAAGCUAUUUACUGUCCAUUGUUCGGUCACAGUUAUUCGCUGUGAUCGUGAACCCUCUCUAUCGGACUGAAGUCUUUCCUCUGUCCCUCCCCUUCUUCCUCUACAUCUUCCUCCUCCAACUCUUCAUCCUCCAUCUCUUCCUCCUC